AUGAUGAAGACGGUGGUGAUGAUGAUGAUGAAUGGCCCGGCGACUCGAGCAGGCACCGGGGUCUCGCCACCAUUAUGUUUACUACUGUGCGCUCUCGUCUUUCUCCCGCCGUGCGCUCACUCGCACCCGCAGCCGUGCCAGGUGCUGAAACGGAUCGGCCACACGGUUCGGGUCGGGGCGCUGCACGUUCAGCCUCGCUUGCUCUCCGCCACCGGCGGCAGCGGUUCUGAGGACUGGGACGCCGACCGAGGUUUGAUUGGGAGCGGGGAGCGGCGAGUGGAGUUGGAAAAGCAGGUUAAAACAAGUGCCAGUGCGCCUGGAUAUGGAAGCCUCAGGACUAGAGGCACCGUUAAUAGCCAGCGGGGGUCCAGCAGGAAUAAGAGCCAGGCACGGCAGCGAGAGGAAAACACCUCGAGGGAGAACCGCGUGUUCGCACCCCGAGACUCGGUCCUGCUCGCGGUCGAGGCUCUCAACCGGGCCGGAUUGCUGCCAUACAAUUUAUCCCUGGAGCUUGUCAUGGCCGUUGGGUCCGGACUCGGCGAGCUGCCCGCGUUCUCCUCCGCCUCUGCGGGCAGCCCCGAGAGCGAAGACCCGCUGUCCUUCGUGGAGAGCGUGUGUCACACCGUGAUCGUGCAGGGGGUUUCCGCCAUGAUCGCCUUUCCACGGAACCGGGACGAGCUCGUCAAGUUGGAGUUUGUCUCGCUUGCGCUUCAGGUGCCAGUAGUCAGCGUUGUGCAGAGGGAGUUUACGCGCCACAGUGAGAAUCCUCUCCACUUCCAAAUGGCAAUGCGAACCGUGGAGGCCCCACCGUCCCAUCUCCUCUAUUCCCUGCUGAUGAUGAACGGCUGGUGGGACAUCAGCGUUCUGCUCUGUCAGGAAUGGGACAUUAGCGACUUCCUCGUCCUCAUCAAGAACAACACCCGCUUCCACCUUGGCACUCUUGUCAAUCUGACAGCUCCCGCCUCAAGCUCGCCACAGUCUCCGUCUUCAUUAUCAUACUCAGGUGUGGCAUCAGGUUUCUCAACAGGAGGGGAGGCGUCAUCGUCAUUGUCGUCUUUACCUUAUUUCUCUCCCGCUGCCUCGUCUUCUGCUUCUUCAUCCACUUCUUCCUCCAAAUCAGACCAGCAGCAAGCUCUCAUGCGGCAGCUGGAGGCCCUUCGAGAACCUUCAUCCACAACGGGACUGGUGACAUUUGGGUGCGAGAUCCGCGAGGUGCGCCGUCUGUGGACGCUGGCCAGCCGGAUGAUGCUCCCCGAGUUCCACUGGAUUUUGGGGGACAGCCAGAAUGUGGCCGAGCUGAGAACAGAGGGGUUGCCCCUGGGGCUACUGGCACACGGGGUCAUGGGUUCCCCUUCUCUGGAUCACUACGUCCACGACUCAGUGGAGCUGGUCGCGCGGGCGGUGGGCAGUGCAGCCCAAGAGAAUCCCACCCUGGCACUAAUACCUGGGACUACUAACUGUAUGGAUGUACAACUGAGCAACGGCAGCUCGGGGGAAUACUUGGCAAGAUUUCUGUCCAACACAUCAUUUGAAGGCCAGAGUGGUUUUAUAUCCAGAGACACUCACAGCCAGAAUGUCAUCUCAGAGGCCCAUCACUACAUCUGGUCCCUCCAGCUGGACCCUCUAGGCCAGCCAACCUGGACCCGCCUGGGACGCUGGCGCAGGGGGAACGUUCUGAUGGACCAGGGGGCCUGGCCGAGCCAUCAGGGUUCCGGGGGCGGAGGUGACUGGCGCCGAUCCACACGGCUGCACAUGCGGGUGGUGACGCUGGUGGAGCACCCGUUUGUAUUUACCCGCGAGGUGGAUGGGGAUGGGUUGUGUCCCGCGGGCCAGCUGUGCCUCGACCCACUCACCAACGAAUCUUCGAUUUUGCAAAGACUUUUCCAGAACCUCGCAGUGCCCAACGUGUCCGUCCCCACGGACUACAAGAAGUGUUGCUACGGCUACUGCAUCGACCUGCUGGAGAAGCUGGCAGAGGACAUGGGCUUCACUUUCGACCUCUAUAUUGUCGGCGAUGGGAAGUACGGGGGGUUCAAGAAUGGUCGCUGGACAGGAUUGGUGGGUGAUCUGCUCAGCGGCGCUGCCCACCUGGCAGUCACAUCGUUUAGCAUCAAUUCAGCCAGAAGCCAAGUCAUCGACUUCACCUCGCCCUUCUUCUCCACCAGCCUGGGAAUUCUGGUUCGUACCCGUGACACAGCUGCACCCAUCGGUGCCUUCAUGUGGCCUCUCCACUGGUCCAUGUGGCUCGGCAUCUUCGUCUCCCUCCACGUCACCGCUGUCUUCCUCACCCUGUAUGAGUGGCACAGCCCGUUCGGCAUGACGCCGCGCGGACGCAACCGCGACCGGGUGUUCUCCUUCUCCUCAGCGCUCAACGUGUGCUACGCCAUUCUCUUUGGGAGGACAGUGGCCAUCAAGCCGCCGAAGUGCUGGACAGGCCGCCUGCUGAUGAACCUCUGGGCCAUCUUCUGCCUGUUCUGUCUGUCCACCUACACGGCUAAUCUAGCUGCUGUCAUGGUCGGGGAGAAGACCUAUGAACAACUGUCAGGGAUACAUGACCCAAAGUUGCACCAUCCCUCUCAGGGAUUCCGAUUUGCCACAGUGAGAGAAAGCAGCGCGGAGGACUACGUCAAGAAGAGUUUCCCCGAGAUGCACGAGUACAUGAGGAGAUACAAUGUCCCAGCAACACCGGAUGGCAUACAUCAUCUCAAGGCCGACCCUCAGAGGCUGGACGCAUUCAUCAUGGACAAAGCUCUGCUGGACUACGAGGUCUCCAUAGAUGCAGACUGUAAAACACUAACAGUGGGAAAACCCUUUGCUAUAGAAGGCUACGGGAUUGGCCUCCCUCAGAACUCACCACUCACCUCCAACUUCUCAGAGCUUGUUAGUCAGUACAAGUCAGAUGGCUUCAUGGACACGCUGCAUGACAAAUGGUACAAGGUUCUGCCCUGCGGGAAGCGCAGCUUCGCUGUGACUGAGACACUGCAGAUGGGUAUAAAGCAUUUCUCCGGUCUGUUUGUGAUGCUCUGUGUGGGCGUGGCCUUAUCUCUGCUGACCACCAUAGCAGAACACAUUGUGUACAAGCUGGUGAUCCCGAGGGUCAAGGAGCCACGCUUCAAAUACUGGCUGCACACGAGCCAGAGAUUACACCGGGCCCUCAACUCAGUCUUCACUGAUGACAAACUGCCGACUGUUACCAAGCCUGAGAAGAGGUGCAAUGAGGGAAACAACCAGCCAGCAUCUUGGAAUCCUGCAGAGUCCUCCCACUGCAACAGGCGUAGGGUCCUUCCACAAGAGAUGCAAAAUGACCUGGAACGCCCAUCCUCCCAGGAUCUCCCUCCUCCACCACCCCCGUCUCCCCUACCUCAUCCCCAUUCUCUCCCCUUACUGGAGAAACACCUACCCAUAGUGACCAACUCUAACGGUCGCUCUGACCUGUUAGGGAGGGGAUUGGGCCAAGGACUGGGGCCCGGGCAGGGGGGCUCUGGGCAGGGCAUAACAUCGGGACAGUGCUGGGGUUUGGGUGCGGGUGACUGCGGUCCGGGCCUGGGUAUGGGCAGGAACCCGCUAGUUCAGGAGCUGUCAGAACUGGAAGGUCAAAUCCUUGUAAUCAAGCAGCAGCUGCAGUCCGCCAUGAGGAGGAAGAGAGAGCUAGAACAGUACCAAUCAGAAAACCAGCAAGCAAACCAGACUGCACCCAGUCAGCUCACCACGCAUCAGUCUAACCAGUUUGCUCAGUAUACCCAGUCCCACCAGCAGACUAACCAACACACAAACACGCUCCCAGAGUUCUGAAGCUUUCCUCCUUUGUUGUGCCCAGAGAAACCUGGCUAGACAUGGGUUUCCAAAACGUCCUGUGUGUUCUGGAAAGGGAUCCUUGUCUGAGUUUUGAAGUUUGAACCUUCACAGAUUUCUGGGAGCUGAAUCCUCGGUUCGGCUCAGGAGUUCCCCUGAACACUGGACUGAAAGGU